AUUUCUUUUGAAAGGCUUUUAAAUUUCUUUGGAAAGUCAAUUGAUUUGUCAGUCAUCCAUAAUUUGUUUCUAGAAUAUCCGAUUGGCUUCCCGCCGGUGUCCACAUUCCACAUACACUACACUAUACUUUAGUAAGUUCUGUUCUGUUUUAUUUCUAAACUUUGAUUCCCUUUUAAUAUCCUUUUUCUUUAUAUUGUAAAACAAAAAAGAAAAAUGUUUCUCCUGAAAACUAGGAUAUGAUAUAAUUUAGGUUGCAAUUUUUGGUAAUCUGCAACUAUGUACGUAUUAUUUUUUGGUACUUAAUUUAUGGUUAAUGACUUUGAUUUUGUAUAUGAAGUUUGCUACUAAUUAAUUUGAUACAUGAAUUGUUAAUUUUAAUUACUUUUUAAUUUGACACAUUGAUUGUUUAGUUAACUAAGUAAGUAGGGAUCGACACACGUGAUUUGAAUCCUGGAUUAGGAAAAUGGGGACUAUUUUAGGACUUUUGAUAUGCCUAGUAUGCUUUUGGAUCGUGUUAGCUCUGUUCAAGUUUUUUCGGAAAUAUUGGUGGGUUCCGAUGCGUAUAAAGUAUGUAAUGACAUCACAAGGAAUAGAUGGACCUCGUUACGAUUUCAUCCAUGGAAACACUAAGGAAAUUUCCAACAUGAGAAAAGAAUCCAUGAGUUUGCCCAUGGAGAUAUCACAUUUCACAUUUCCGCGAAUUCAACCUCACUUUGAUUUGUGGUUUCGUGUAUAUGGAAAGAAUUUUUUGUAUUGGCUCGGUCCUCAACCUGCAUUGGUUGUCACAGAACCGGAGCUCCUUAAGGAAAUAAUGAGUGACCGUGAUAUAUUGAUGGCUAAACAAGACGUGGGGCCUAUUUUCAAGAAGAUUUUUGGACAGGGUCUAACUUCAUCUAAAGGCGAUAAGUGGGCAAUACAGAGAAAACUAGCAAACCAAGCUUUUCAUGCCGAAAGGUUGAAAAAUAUGGCUCCGGCUAUGAUUGAAAGUGUUGACAUGAUGCUUAAACGGUGGAAAGAUACUGGGGUUAAAGAGAUGGAUGUCUAUGAAGAGUUCAAAAUACUGACAUCAGAAGUCAUUUCUAGGACGGCGUUUGGCAGUAGCUAUGAAGAGGGGAAGCAAGUAUUCCAAAAGCUCGGGGUUUUAAACCUAUUAGCUGCCAAAAAUUUGUACAGAGUUAGGCUUCCUGUCUAUAGGAAGGUAUUCAAGCAUAAAGAUGAUGUAGAAUCUGAUAAACUGCAUGCUGAAAUUCAAGAUAUCAUCAUGCAGAUGAUAAGAAGCAGACAGAAGAGCGUCAUUUCAGGAGAUGAAGACAAAUCCACAAGUGAUUAUCUCGGGUUACUUUUGAAGGCCCAUCAUGACAAGGGUGAAAAUUCCAAGCUUUCCAUACAGGAUAUAAUUGAUGAAUGCAAAACUUUCUAUGCUGUCGGCCAUAUUACAAUCUCUCUUUUACUCUCAUGGGCUACUCUUCUUUUGGGAAUUCACACUGAAUGGCAACAGAAAGCGCGGAAGGAGGUGCAAGAAGUAUUUGGUGAACAAAACCCAUCUUCAGAAGGCAUAACAAGACUCAAGACAAUGGGCAUGAUAAUCAACGAGACACUAAGACUAUACCCUCCUGGAGUUACUAUAACCCGGAAAAUUCCAAGGGAAAUGAAAGUUGGUAAUCUGGUUCUUCCUGCAAACAUAAAUGUGCAAAUACCAGCGUUUGCACUCCAACAAGACCCAAAGAUAUGGGGAGAAGAUGCCCAUCUCUUCAAACCAGAAAGAUUUUCUGAAGGGGUCGCUAAAGCAACUAAAAACAAUCCAGGAGCAUUCCUUCCUUUCGGCUAUGGACCCCGAAACUGUGUAGGCUCCAGUUUUGCUAUAAACGAAGCUAAAAUUGUCCUCUCAAUGAUCUUACAACGUUACAGCUUCACUCACUCCCCAAGCUAUGUCCAUGCACCCGUUCAAAUUGUGACAUUACGUCCAAAGCAUGGUGUUCAAGUUAUGUUACAAGCUCUCUAAAGCAGGUAUGCAUUGGGAGGAUUUUGUCAAUACUUGAAGAUGGAGGGCUGAAGCUACAAGGAAAUAGAAGAUUGAAGCUGAGGGACUAGAAUGCUGUUUUCUAUACUUGAGGGACUGGACUUGUUUCUUGCUGCUCUUUAUAUACUCAACCAUAUCCAUCUAGGGAUCUUAACAUUCCCUAAAUUAUUUUCUGACCGUUAUCUCACAAUACUCUCCUGAGAUGUAAUCAUUUAGGGGUUUGUUCAAAUUAGUUUUGUGUUUAUUCUAAAUCUAUUUUAUUUCAUGUAUAAACUAUUUCUGUUAGUAUUUAUCUAUCAAUCAUAUGGCUAUUUUGGUA